AUGGGAUAGAGUGCAAAUUGUUGUAAAAAGUAAGCUGACAGUCUAUCAGAAAAUUAUUCCGAACAAAUCUAUGCUGAGUAUUUUGGUCCUAAAUAUGCUCCUUAAUACUAAAUUAACACAAAAUUCAUAACUCAUUUUUAAGUAUACACUAACGAAGAGUAAUAAUAAAGAAAAGAAUUUCAAACUGAUUCUACUCCAAAUUAAACAAAUUAAGAAUUACCUAUGAACUCUAUUUAGUAAAAUGAGAAAUAUUUAAAUAAUAUCAAUUAGAUUCUAGAUUCCUCUCUUGAUUUAGAUUCUAAUAAUGUUAACUCAUCAUAUGAAAAUUCAAUAAAUGCUAAUAGAAGUAUUCUUAAAAAAAAGGAUUAAUAAACAUCUAAACAUACUAAAAAUGUAAAAUUUAAAAAUACUGAUUCUAAAAUAAAAUUUAGCAUCCUUGAUCAAAAGUAAUUAGGCCAAUUAUUAAAGAGAAACCACAAAUGA